AGAGCGCGAAUUACGACAGUAUACUGCCGUCCCAAGUCGAUUGCUGUCGUUGGGCACUUACUCGGAAAUGACGAUCGCAAUAUUUAUCCGCGUCUUCUUCGUUAUCUCUCCUUUUUUAUGGUGAAUCGCAACCACGAGUCCCUCCUUUUCCGCUCCGUACCCAUAAUGGUGAUGACGGGGGGAUUAGGCUCCAUCGCUGCACUCACCAUUUGGGCGCGUUCAGUGUUCAACGGAACUGUAGUUCUGUGUGGAACACAUGUAUGCACUUAAAAGUAUGAAAGUCCAAGAACUGAAAUUUAGCCUCAGAGGGAUUUCGUUUACUGUAAUAUAGUUUGUCCAAGUGGAGUUGCCGUAGAGGUUGUGUCACACAGUACCGCUACAGAAUGGGCAGCCACACCACAGAAGAAGAGUUGACAUGAGCUGUACUACAGUUGUGGGAGUUUGGUAGCGAAAAGCCAGAGACAAACAUCGGGACCGUUGGGUACCGAAGAAACAAAGUUUAGCUGUAACUGUUCAGCGGUAAAGUCUGUGUGUUCUGCAGUGAGGUGAGAGCUCUGGGACAAGAUGGGUGAAGUCUCGGUGGAUUCCAGCACGCUUUGUCUGUUUGAUGUUGACGGCACCUUGACGGAUGCCAGACAGCCUAUAACUGCCGGGAUGGCUGCGUUUAUUGAGAAGUUGAAGACUCGGGUUCGUGUUGGGGUGGUUGGAGGGUCUGACCUCUGCAAAAUCAAAGAGCAACUUGGAGAUGAUGUCACCCAGAAGGUGGACUAUGUGUUUGCAGAGAAUGGUCUGGUAGCCUACAAGGGUGGACAGUUACUUUCUGUCCAGUCCAUCCAGUCCCACAUGGGAGAAGAACUGCUACAAGAGUUUAUCAACUUCUGUCUCAGCUACAUGGCCAAGAUUAAACUGCCCAAAAAGAGGGGUACAUUCAUUGAAUUUCGUAACGGCAUGUUGAACGUUUCUCCAAUUGGACGCAGUUGCACUCAGGAGGAAAGAAAAGAGUUCUAUGAGCUGGACCAGAAAGAAAAAAUCCGUGAGAAGUUUGUGUGUGCUUUGAAGGAGCAGUUCCGUGGGAAAGGAUUGUCUUUUUCAAUCGGAGGGCAGAUCAGUUUUGAUGUUUUCCCUGAUGGUUGGGAUAAAAGAUACUGUCUGGGGAUCGUUGAGGGUGACAACUAUUCAACCAUUCACUUUUUUGGCGACAAGACUAAACCCGGAGGAAAUGACUAUGAGAUCUACAGUGACUCUCGCACCAUCGGCCAUGCAGUCUCCAGUCCCGAGGAAACACAACAGCUUUGCCAGCAGCUUUUCCUUUCAUAAGGGAGAAGCUGUGAAGUAUGUCUCCUGCAAAUUAAGGACGGAAAAGAGACUUUAAAUGGUGAGGUUGUAUGGGCUUUUCAAGCUCUAACCUUUAGGUUAGGGUUAUUGAUUAAAAGGCGAUGACCUAAAAGGUGAUCAUGAAAGUAUUCCACCAUUUGAAGUACAGGUGGUCCUCAGGUUACCAACAAGUUGAAUGAAAUGAAACGCUCAAAAAAAGUCCUUCCUUUUAUCCUUGGGGUUGUCUUGCAGGCCUUUCUCCCAUCAUGAAAUAUUGUCCCAGGCUAGUCUGGAAGGAUAACCUCCUCUUCUUCCCCCAGAUGUCCUUGUAACAGCACACCGAAUCCAUGACCCCUCUAGCAUUCAAUCAUCUUUAUCCUUAAUGAUAGUCACCACAGUCCAGCAGGCAAUAUCGGUGGGCGUGUCUCCUCGCUGAGCUUUUAAUGAUGUUCAUUUUCACUUCCAUGGUGAUGACUUUCCUUGCUGCUUGGGAGACAUAAGUCAGGGUAUCUGCAGGGUCCUAAAAUACAAUCAUUUGAAUUUAAGGCCUUAAAAUGUCUUAAAAUGAUCUUAGAAUCUCAUAAAAUGUCUUCAAUACGAUUUUGAAAGGUUUUAAAAUUUCUUUUAUUUAAAACAAAUGCAGAAACUUCAGUCUCGCUUUUAAAUGUUCCGUUUUUUGAGGACGCUAUAACUGCAAAACAGAACUACCUGCGCAGCCUGCUCACAAAUUAUUGAGCACAAGCAGCUAGCUAGUGUGCUGUGCGUGCACCACGGGCCUCUGAUUAUCCUUCAUGUCUUGUGUGCUUUUUUUGCCAGUAGUAUGGUUGUGAAAUGGAUCCUAAAUUGUAUUCAUUAAGAUCUUUAAAAAGACUUAAUUUGGACUCCUUACAACAUGCAUAGACCCUGAUAAUGACAUGCAAAAGCAAACAAGCGAUAUUAUUCUUCCUUGGUGUGGCAGCGUCUCCCAGCACGAGGCACACCCUGCAUGUUUGUGCUGCGGAUGGGACGUAUUCUUCCGCCGGCACGCGCUGUAACUAGUUCUGCAUUGAGUCUUGUGUCUAUGGACCAAAAUAAAAUUUUUAAUGAAUUUAUUUUGCAACCACCAUACAUCAUAACACGGAAUGGCGUAAAUUGAGGACCACCUGUAAUAUUUUGGUGCUAACUCAUUAAAAUGCGUUAUUUAACCAUGAGUGAUUCUGACCAUCAGUUGUGGAUUACGAGGUUACUAAGACACAAACGUCUUAAAUGUUUUGUAGGAUUCCUUUGAUUCAUGUUUACCAUCCCUGUGGUGUAAAUGGGAUUAAGGCAGAGCAGUACUUUUAUGGAACUGACUUGGAAAAAGGGGUUGUAGCAAAUGUAUGGGGUCUAAACAGUACAUCUAGCAAGACGGAAAAUGGGUCUGAGCAAAUGGUUGUGGGUGUAUUGUGACAGACAAAAAUAAGUAAAGAAAUACUUGAAAAGAAAUGCAGUGGGUGUGAUUAUUUCCUUUGUGUUGCGACCUCUUAAACCCUAGCACAUAAACAAUACCAGCAAUAUCUACAUGGUCUACAAGGAUCAUGACACACUGUUUGUUUUGCACAUUAGCCCAUUUAAGUGCUUGCACGCUGCCAAUGUACUGCAGUUGCUUAUGGAGAAAACCAGCACCAUUUUCUCUUUACAGCAAUGUCCUAACAGCUCUCCCCCAAAGAUUGUCUCAUUGGGCCACUAACACUCCUAUUAUG